AUGUUUCUAGUUAUCUGUUUAUUAUGCUGUCUGUUCACAUUUCAAUAUGUGGAAACUAAAUUAUCCAAAGGAGAAAAGCUAAUCUAUGAAUUUCAUAGAAAAGUUCGUGAAGCUGUAGAAAAUUGUCAAAUUCCUGGUCAACCACCAGCUAAAAAAUUGGAAAAUUUAAAAUGGAAUAAACUUCUAGCUGAAAAAGCUAAACAGCAAGCUAAACGAUGUAAAUAUGAUUCAAAUGAUCCGAAUGAUUUUAUUAUUGGCGAUUUUGAAUCAGUUGGACAAAAUCUUGCGGAUUAUCCAACUAUUGAAGGGGCAAUGAAAGAUUGGUUUGAAGAACAUAAAUCUUAUAAUUUUGACAAAAAUGAAUGUAGUGGAGAUUGUAAAAAUUAUAAACAAAUGGUAUGGAAUACCACUAAAUCCAUAGGUUGUGGUUAUAGUAAAUGUGAAAAGAACUAUUUAAUUGUGUGUAAUUAUUCACCUAGUGACUCCGAAGAAAGACCAUAUGAGACGAAACCGGAAAGUGAAUGUAAAACACCAGAAUAG